AUGUCUACUAUAAUUAAAUUUGAAUUGAAGGAACUCCGAGAGUUAGCAAAUGACAAAAAAUCUUGUGUUAUCGAAAAAAAGGUUAUCCAAAAUUUAGCGUUACAGCCGUGGUGUCUUGGUAACUUACAGGAUUCGAUUAAAAACUUGUUGGAUUAUAAAAUAGGCAAAUUUGACAAAGAAUUCAAUGGAAUUCUCAUAAGUUACAAAAAUUUGCGAAUACUACAAAACAUAGGUGCGAUCCGUAAUGACAAUGCUGAUAUACAUUUCCAAGUUCAGGCAGAUUACUUCCUGUUUCGACCUUAUGUUGGAGCCACUCUGAAGGGAGUAGUUAAUAAAAAAAGUGCAACACAUCUUGCGAUUCUGGUACAUAGGGUUUUCAAUGUAGUUAUUCCGAGACCAACCGAGGAACCUGGCAAUUAUUGGAGCGGAUCUAACAUCGAGGAGGGACAAGAAGUAGUGUUCCAGAUUGUUGUUCUAGAUCUAUAUGGAGCUUUACCUUACAUCAGAGGAAAGCUUGACGAGCAAUGGCUGAAAGAACUACAAGAUGGUGACGAUGAAAUAGAAAUAAAAAGAACGAAACCGCUGAAGAUAUCUUAUGUUGAUUUUGACAAGACAAAACCAAAAUAUGCACCUGACAAAACGCUAAACUCAUCGGAAAAUGAUAUAGCUGAAAACCGCCACAGUAAUGACAUAACUGAAAAUAAUGUUAAACAAGAGAACAUUACAGAAACAAUUAAAAGUAAAAGAAGAAGCAAGAUGAAUGACCUCGAAAAACAAUAUUCAGAGGAUGCACCGAGUAAACCCAAGAAACGCAAAAAAGACAAACAAGAGUAG